AUGGAGUUGAAUGACUUUUGUAUCGCAACAAUUAUUACCGCAUUGAUCAUUCUCUGUGAGACUUUGAGUCUUCUCCUCCAUCCCGGACUGGAGCUAAGCCGGAAAAGGACGAAUACCAUUGGUUCUCUUGGCCUCAAGCCACAUGCUUGGAAGCCAGCUCUUUGGGACCUUAACACCAUCGACAACAUGGAGUUGAAGCACUUACUGGGAGAUCUCUGUAUGAAUCCCAGACAUACAAGAUGGAUUGCUCCUCUUCUCAUUUUGGGGGAUGCGGUCCUUUGCGCGCUCAUCAUCUGGAGGGUCCCAUAUACUGAAAUUGAUUGGACGACCUACAUGCAACAGGUCUCUCUAUAUCUUUCGGGCGAGCGUGACUACACCUUGAUCAAAGGGUCCACCGGACCACUGGUGUAUCCGGCCGCACACGUCUACAUCUAUAGCAUCCUCUACUACCUCACGGAUGAAGGGCGGGACAUCCUGCUUGCGCAAAUCUUGUUUGCCAUUCCAUACCUCGCUACGCUGGCCGUCGUAAUGUCUUGUUAUAGACAGGCUGGCGCACCGCCAUUCCUGCUUCUGCCGCUCGUGCUGUCCAAGAGGCUCCAUAGUAUUUUCGUGCUACGCCUUUUCAACGAUGGCUUUGCGGCUCUCGCCAUGUGGAUUGCUAUUUUCUUGUUCCAGAAAAAGAAGUGGACGGCGGGUGUCGUCGUCUGGUCAACUGGUGUCGCGAUCAAGAUGACUCUCCUGCUUCUUGCGCCUGCAAUCGCAGUAGUGUUGGUGCUUAGCUUAUCGCUUCAACCGAGUAUACAACUCGGGGCGCUGGCGGUACUCAUUCAGAUCCUAUUGGGAAUCCCCUUUCUGUCCCAUAAUACGGCUGGAUACAUUGCGCGAUCUUUUGAAUUAACCAGGCAGUUCAUGUUCAAGUGGACAGUCAAUUGGAGAUUCGUCGGCGAAGAAUUAUUCCUAUCUAGAAAAUUCUCUCUAGCUCUAUUGGCACUACACAUUGCCCUUUUGGGACUGUUUGCGACCAGAGUAUGGCUGAAGCCGUCCGGAUCUAAGUUGCCAAGCUUCGUGCAGCAAUUGCUUCAAAGACGCUAUCGCACCGUCUCCUUAUCCCGAACUUUCAUCAUGAGAACGAUGCUAUCAUCUCUUGCAAUUGGUCUCCUGUGCGCAAGAUCGCUGCACUAUCAGUUCUUUGCUUAUCUGGCCUGGGCGACACCCUUUCUUCUCUGGCAGACAGGAUUCCACCCUAUCGUCGUGUACGCGGUAUGUAUGGCGCAAGAGUGGGCCUGGAACAUAUAUCCAAGCACAAAUGGGAGCUCCUUGGUUGUUAUUCUUUCGCUUGCUGUCCAAGUCAUCGGGAUCCUUUGGAACGCAAAUGGGCGCCAAAUUCCGGAAAAUAGCCCAAAAGAACAUGUGCAAUAG